UAUGUUUUGAUAUGAAUGUUGAGGUUCUAUGCAUCUUUUUUUUUUUCUGCUGGAGCAUCUGGUUAUACCUCGGUCCUUCUUCACUAUGUCUUCGCUAACGCCGUUUUUGUCACUCUCGCUCCCUUUGGCGGCCGUCAGAGCGGCGAGUCUUCCCUGUCAUCGCCUUCUGACUCGCGGGCUUCGACUCCCCCGGGAUACCACAGCCCCACCGGGUACCAGACGUCGGCGCCGUCCACGCCCGACGGCUCGCCCAAGCAACGCCGCAAGAAGUUCUUCCCCGCGAAGGCCGCCACUACAGGAGCCCCGAAGGAGGCAGCUCUCAGGGCCAGGAUGGCGGAGGUGACGAUGGAGGUCUCCCAGCGGGGCAAGGCGCCGUGGCCGCCGCGGCAGGAAGCCCCCAGCCAACGUGCGGUGCCGCCCUGGGCCGAGCCUGACGCACAGCCGCCGCCGCUGCCGUCGGCCGUGUACGCCACCAUCGCGGCGCCGCCCUCGCGCCGCACCGCCGCCAAGCCCGCGGGCCCCACGAGCACCGUGACGGAGCCGCAGCCGAAGCCCGUCCACUUCAACCGGCCGUCGCCCGGCGCCAGCCCCGUCGCGCCUCGGAAGUCCCUCUUCGGCACCAACCUGUCCCGCAGGGCGCUCUCGUCGGAGUCCCUCGCGCGCCCGCUGCCUUGGGCCGACCAGAUGAGGUCCAGGACCGACUCGCCGUCCAGGGGGCCGCGCAAGACACCGGCGACAGGCGCCUCGCCCUCGGAGCCUCACAAGAGCCGCCGCUCAGAGUCUCUCGGCCAGCUGAAUCAGAAAGCGUCCGACGCGCUGGCUAGGGGCGUCGGCCCGAAUACGAGCGAAGGGCGUGCCGCUGGCUCUACUCACCAGCCCGCAAGCGAGGGCACGGACGGGCAGGGUGCCAGUGCAGGUCAGGGCGUCGGGCAGCAAGGCGCACCCGCACAGACCCCCGGAGGCUCCGCUCGCACCACGGUCGUCAGGCAGGAGGCCUCGCACUUCGAGCAGCACACCGUGACAAUGGUCAGUGUCAAGAGCGAGGCGGAGAGCAAGUCCGUCGUCACCGCCGGCGCCGCGGCUGCCGCGUCGGGGCCAGGAUCCCCGACACCCUGGCGGAAGGCGAGGCCGGCGGCCGAACCGGCUGGCAAGGCAGCUCCUAUGCAGCCACAUCAGGAACAACAGAAACAGCAACAACAACAUAAGCAGCAGCAACAACAACAACAGCAACAACAACAACAGAAACAACAGCAGCAACAACAACAGCAGCAGCAACCGCCAUGGCGCAGCGCGAAGGCAGAGGUGAGUGCAGCCUCAGACCGCGAAGGCCCACCGUCUGCGGCUCCGAAAGGAGCCGAGCCCCUUCAGCAGGCACCGUGGAGGAGGCCGUCGGUGCAGCAGGACAAGGGAAAGGAAGUCAUCGCUGCAGAGCCAGCUAAGUCAACCGCUGCCGCACCUGAGUCACUCUUGAAGAAAGAACAGGCUGCAGGCUUGUCUCAUCAACUUCAGCCCGCUUCAGUGCCCGCUCCGUCCACAGCUGCAUCCAAGCCGCCUCCCCCAGCAACCGCUCCUGUUCUAGACCCUGCAGUCCCUGCAGUCAAGCCAGCAGCUCCCUCAGUUAGUGCAGCCAAGUCAGCAGCCCCUUCAGCUAGCGCAGUCAAGUCUGAAACGUCCGUUCCGGUUACGAGCAAACAAACAACUUCCAUCCCUGAAGCCACUCCUUCCACGUCGACUUCCGCCGCAAGCAAACCAGCAUCUCCCGCUCCUCCUGUCAACAAACCCGCCUCUCCCGUGCCUCCUGCCAACCCCACUGCAUCCCUUGCCCCUGCUGUCAACAAACCCGUCUCUCCCGUGCCUCCUGCCAACCAAAAGGCAUCCCUUGCCCCUGCUGUCAACAAACCCGUUUCUCCCGUGCCUCCUGCCAACCCCACUGCAUCCCUUGCCCCUGCUGUCAACAAACCCGUCUCUCCCGUGCCUCCUGCCAACCAAAAGGCAUCCCUUGCCCCUGCUGUCAACAAACCCGUCUCUCCCGUGCCUCCUGCCAUCCCCACUGCAUCCCUUGCCCCUGCUGUCAACAAACCCGUCUCUCCCGUGCCUCCUGCCAUCCCCACUGCAUCCCUUGCCCCUGCUGUCAACAAACCCGUCUCUCCCGUGCCUCCUGCCAACCAAAAGGCAUCCCUUGCCCCUGCUGUCAGCAAACCCGCCUCUCCCGCACCUGCUGUCAACCAAGCAGCGUCUGCUCCUGCCAGUCAUCUCGCUUCCCUUGCCCCUGCUGCCAGCAAGCCUGCCUCCCUUGCCGUGAAGGAGCCGGCGGGCCCUUCUCCAGCGCCUCCCGCCGCAGCCAAGUCAUCUUCACCUCAGCCCGGCCCAAGUGUCUCUAGGCCCUCCCCUUCGACGGAUUCGCGAGCGCCCGCGUCCGCCCAGAACGAGCCUGUUGGCAGUAAGGCAGGGGCGCCGCCACUGCCGCCGCCCCCCGCUCCACUGGUGCUGCCUGAACUGUCUUCCACCCGCUCACCCACACCGCCACUACCGCCCAAACAGACUGCAGCUGAGAUCAUCUCCGCGCCAGCCCUGCCCCAAGCCCCUAAGCCCGCAGUCACCUCCGCCACACCGCCCAUUUCGGCAGGUGCGGCAGCUCCCACCCCGCUGAGAGCCCCUUCACCCUCUGUGCCGUCCGCCCCAGAAAGAUCAGUCGCUUCCACAUCAGCAGCCACCCCUCCGUCGGCGCCCUCGGCGGCUGCAAGCGAGGCAAAGUCUGCAGCACCUCCGACUGCCCCUGAAGCCAAGAGCAUGUCUGUCGUGGCCCCUCCGCCGCCUGCCACGGCGCCGCUGAUCCCAGCGCCUCCGCCGGAGCCUGAGAGGAAAGUGAAAACCCCCGAGCCCCCGACGGCGACCGCGAAGCCUCCCGACGCCGGUCAGGAAGCACCCAGGCCGAGCAGGGCCCUCGACACGAGCGUCCCUCCUCAGCCUGAGUUCCCUCCCCCACCCCCCCUGGAGAAGGAUGAGGCCCCAGGCGAGCCAGCGCUACCUCCUCCGCCGGGCUUCUUGCAGGAGGACAGGAUAAAGCCUCCGACGUCCAUCCUGACCAGCAUCCAGGACGAGGAUGAGAGGGGCGAAGAGGCCGACGACCUUCCCUCUCCCGAGUACGUGCGCCAGUCCGUGAGCAAGCGCAUCAUGGCCUUCGAGAGGCACUCCUCGCGGGACGAGGACUCUCCUCCGAGGGAACGCCCUGAAGCCUCCGGCCCCGUGCGCCCUGUCGCCCCCUGGGUCAAGAGGACCUCCUCCGGCCCCGUCCAGCAGGCAGGCUACUGGGACAUGACCUCGCCCGAAGACCAGCCGGAGGACGCGUGGCCCGACCCGCCGAGACACCCCCACGAACCCGAAGCACCGAAAGCCCCGGCCAGACCAGUGGCGUCGACGAAGAUCCCGGCAGCCCCUUCACCGCCCCCUGCUCCCGCCUCCUCCGCCCCGGCCGCCGCCCCCGCCGCUGCACCGCCGUCUUCAGGGAAGGUCUUGCAACCCCAGGAGCCUUCCCCUGCAGCUAAGGUCACCGCCUCGCCCCACGCCAAGGUCAUAGGGCCCCCCCCGCGCCCGGCCGUCCAACGCAAGCGCUCCACGUCGCUCGGGGAUUAUCGCGCCCACUACAUCACGCCCGACGAACCCCGCCGAGGAGCCAGGAUGCCAGCCGACGGGACCCAGGCCGUGAGCCCCACCCCCGCCCAGGCCCCCCCCACCCCCCCUAAGGAGAAGGAGGACCCCCUGUUCGACCCCUGGUGUGACCCCAAGAACCCCAAGGUCAUCAAUUUCCAGGACGUGAGUGCCGCCGCCUUCAAGAUCAAAUCAGGCAUCAUGAACACGCCAUGCACUCGCUCUCACAUGUCCAGCAUCACUGACAUCGAGAUUUACUUCAAGAAGGAGUUUAAUCAGUUCACCGGAAGCUUCAAGGAACGCGGUGCCCGCUACACACUCCUGAUGCUGAACGAGAGCCAGAGGAAGAAGGGCGUGAUCGCAGCUUCGGCAGGCAACCACGCCCUCGCCCUCUCCUACCACGGCCAGGACCUGGGCAUCCCCGUCACUGUGGUGAUGCCCCUCGUGGCCCCCAUCAUGAAGGUGCAGGCGUGCCGGCAGUACGGUGCCAACAUCAUCGUCAAGGGCAGUGACAUCGGGGAGUGCCGGGAGAUCGCACUCAAGAUGGCCAAGGAGCAGGACCUUCUGUAUAUUAAUGGAUACGACCACCCGCACAUCCUCGCCGGUCAGGGCACGAUGGGGCUGGAGAUCGUGGAGCAGGUGCCCAAUAUCGACGCCGUGGUCAUCCCUGUGGGCGGAGGCGGACUCAUCGCAGGCGUGGCGCUGGCGGUCAAGGCACUGCAUCCACACGUGCAAGUCAUCGGCGUAGAAGCCGAGCGCUGCGCCAGCUUCAGCGCCGCCCUCAAGGCCGGCCACCCCGUCUACGUGAAGGCGGAGUCCACGCUCGCCGACGGCCUGGCGGUACCCAAGGUCGGCGUCAACGCCUACGCCACGGCCGCGCCGCUGGUCGAUAAGGUGGUGACAGUGCGGGAGGAGUGGAUCGCCAUCUCCAUCCUCCGCCUGGUGGAGCACGAGAAGGCCGUGGUGGAGGGCGCCGGAGCCACCGCCCUGGCCGCCGUCCUCGCCGGGGAGCUUCCCGAACUGAAGGGCAAGAGGGUUGUAAUACCACUAUGCGGAGGCAACAUCGACACCACCAUCCUGGGGCGCUGCCUGGAGCGGGGCCUGGCGGCGGACGGCCGCCUCGUCAAGUUCACCGUCACCGUCAGCGACAGACCCGGAGGUAUUGCUGAACUGACAAGACUGCUGGCCAACUUAGGCGUUUCCAUCAAGGAUAUGUUGCACGAGCGAGCCUGGAUUAAAAACGACAUCUUCAGUGUUGAGGUGAAGGUGCUCUGUGAGACGCGCGACAGGGACCACUCCGAGGAACUGCGCUCGGCGCUCCACCAGCGCUACAAGAUCCUCCGCUUCGGCAGCCUAGCGGUCACGCCGGCGGACGCCUCGCAAAGGGACUAGCUCUUCCAUCCGUCCGCCUCCUCCCCACUCCCUCCCUCUUCUUGCUUGCGCGCUCUUCUCUCUCUUUCCCGUGAAGGUCAUGGCGGAAACUCGCGACUAUGAGCAUUACCUGGAGCUUCGGUCUGCCCUGUGCUCCAGGUACCAGCACGUCCGCUUUGCCAAUGCAGAUCAGAUCCACGAUUAGCGUGAGUCCUCCUGUAACCUCCGGGAAAGAGAGUGAAGCUUCAUGGCUGCCGUGAAUUCUGUGAAAAAAUCUGAGAUUCGUGGCUAUUUUAAGACGUUGUAUGAUGUAGUCUUUGAAUAAUAGGGAAUCGUCACUGUUAUGUUGUCUUUUUUGUGGGGGUGGGGGGGUCGUAAGCUUUCAAGAAGGAAAUGACGAUUUAUGUCAACUAUUAGAUUUUAUGCAGCCCUCUGUAGGUAGAGAAUGGAAAGAUAGAAUAUUAUGUUCUUAACUAGCAUUCGUAGAUCUUGGUAGAUUCAUUGGAGGCGAAACCCUCUGAUUUGUGGUUUCAGAUAUAUGUAGCCUUCGAGAAGCAGGCGAAGAGUGUCAGGAUUCACAGCCAGUAAAGAGACAGGUAUUGAUUUAAGACUUACAGAACUUUAGCAAAAACAAAACUGUAAUGUUUGUCUAAGUUAUGCGUAUCUUUUGCAAGAGCUUCUUUUGAACGUGUCUAAUUAAUAGACAAGAAACAGCCAAUGACUAUGGAGGAAAAAUGAAAUAGCUAUUCAGCAUAGAGAGAUAUUUAUAUAAAAGAAAGGCAGUUUUGCAGUUAUUGUGUCACUGAUUACAGUACUUUUAUUUUAUGGAUUAGGAACAGUUAGGACAGUUCAAGCUAUGACGUCUGGUGUAUGAAGGCUGGACCAGAGAUACCCAGACAAUGACGCGACUGUCCCCUGCUUUGUGUGUCCUUACGCCCAUUGUAUGACCCUCCUUUUUUCUCGACAACUGCCCUGCUUUAAAAAAAAAUUCUUGCCCCGUUAUUUUUUCCUUUUUUAAUGUAUAAAAAUAGAUGUUUGAGUGCUUAGGAUAGUCACAGUUUUGUUGUGAUUAUUAUAAGCUAAAAUAAACCUUGUGUUUUUUUUUUUUAGUAUUACCUUUUAAUGUGUUUUUUUCAUAUUCUAAAAUGUGUAGUGUAAUCUUAGAUCAUUCAGAUCAGCUCUUCCAUGCGAUGGUAGAGCUAAGAAAAAUAAUGAUAAUUUAAUAUAUAUAAUAGUACUAUGAGUAUUACUUACGUGUGAGCAUUCGAACGAGGAUGAAUAUUCUAAUGAGAUUUUAUGAAUAGUGAUUGUGAACGUACAUGAUUUUACAUGUAUAUUAUAAGUGUGAGAGGCUAUUAUUGCCCAGAAAUAAAGUAGUGAUCCAUGCAUUUCCUAUGACUGUAUUCAGUACAAAGAAGACCAUUGCAAAUGCAAGCCACGUAUGCAAUAACUCUCUGUGAUCAGCAUUAUUUCCUAGCUUUUCCUACCGUCUCAUUUAUACUGCAAAUAAAAAGGAAAUGCACUUCUUUUGAAGUUAUAUUUUGCUGCUCAUAUUAACAUGUAAAUGGUCACAUUAAGAAUAACUUGUACUUCAGAUUUAUAUUUAGACUGCAAAUAAAUUUAUAGAAGACU